AUGACGCACCAGUUUCCGACCCUCUCUGAGGCCCAGAAGAAAGAACUCCAUGAGAACGCUCUCCGCAUCGUUUCUCCAGGGAAGGGCAUCCUGGCUGCAGAUGAGUCAGUCGGCAGCAUGGCCAAGCGUCUAGCCCAAGUGGGAGUGGAGAACACCGAAGAGAACCGCAGACAGUUCCGUCAGAUUCUGUUCAGUGCGGACGACCGUAUCAACAGCUGCAUCGGAGGAGUCAUCUUCUUCCACGAGACGCUCUACCAGCACUCGGACAACGGAGUGAACUUUGUCAAAAUGAUCCGAGACAGAGGUAUCCUGGUUGGCAUCAAGGUUGACAAGGGUGUUGUUCCUCUGGCAGGAACUUGUGGAGAAACCACCACACAGGGUCUGGACGGCUUAUCAGAACGUUGUGCCCAGUAUAAAAAGGACGGUGCUGCCUUUGCAAAGUGGCGUUGUGUAAUGAAGAUCAGUGAUGUCAAUCCGUCCAUAUUGGCCAUCACCGAAAAUGCAAACGUUCUGGCUCGUUACUCCAGCAUCUGCCAGCAGCAUGGUAUUGUACCCAUCAUUGAACCAGAGCUCUUACCCGAUGGAGACCACGACCUGAAGCGCUGUCAGUACGUCACUGAGAAGGUGCUGACCGCUGUCUAUAAGGCCAUGUCAGACCACCACGUGUACCUUGAAGGCACCCUCCUCAAGCCCAACAUGGUCACUCCCGGCCACAGCUGCCCCAAAAAGUACAGCCCGGAGGAUGUUGCUAUGGCAACCCUCACCGCCCUAAGUCGUACUGUUCCUCCCGCGGUGGCAGGUGUGGCUUUCCUCUCAGGCGGUCAGAGCGAAGAGGAGGCUUCCGUGCACCUCAACGCCAUCAACAACUGUCCUCUGGCCAAACCGUGGAUCCUAACCUUCUCCUUCGGCCGUGCCCUGCAGGCGUCGGCGCUACGCGCCUGGAGGGGACAUAAAGAGAACCAGAAAGCUGCCACUGAGCAGUUCAUCAAGAGAGCCGAGGUCAACAGUCUGGCAUGCCGAGGGAAGUACACGGGUGCCGAAAACUACCCGGAUUCCGCUCACGGCAUCUACAGCUCCUGUUAUUCAUACUGA